GCCGCCAGGCUUCCUUCCGGCUCGCGAGCGGAGGCCGGAAGUGGCCGUUCUGGGGCGGCUGGAUAGUUAGAAAGUCUGUGAGGGCGGCGGCAGAGCUUCUCGGAGACACUCUCGGUUCUCGCGGCUGAGCAGGGAUUUAACCGCCACCAUGUCGAGCAAAAGGGCAAAGACUAAGACCACCAAGAAGCGCCCUCAGCGCGCAACUUCCAAUGUGUUCGCCAUGUUUGACCAAUCCCAGAUCCAAGAGUUCAAAGAGGCCUUCAACAUGAUCGACCAGAACCGGGAUGGCUUCAUUGACAAGGAGGACCUGCACGACAUGCUGGCUUCAAUGGGAAAAAAUCCGACUGAUGAAUACCUGGACGCCAUGAUGAACGAGGCCCCAGGCCCCAUCAAUUUCACCAUGUUCCUCACUAUGUUUGGAGAGAAGCUGAACGGCACCGACCCCGAGGACGUCAUCAGAAACGCCUUCGCUUGCUUCGAUGAGGAAGCGAUCGGCACCAUCCAGGAGGAUUACCUGAGGGAGCUGCUGACCACCAUGGGCGACCGCUUCACAGAUGAGGAAGUGGAUGAGCUGUACAGGGAGGCCCCCAUUGACAAGAAGGGGAACUUCAACUACAUUGAGUUCACACGCAUCCUCAAGCACGGGGCAAAAGACAAAGAUGACUGAAGAGCUGCGGCUUCCAACUAAUGUUCCCUGUUGCCAUUGGGGUAUUUCUGAGAUUUUUCUCCUGGAGCCCAUUGCAUGCCCUCGCUUUACUGCUUUUUGCCUUUCUUGUUUUGUAUUUAUUCUCAGCCACUUUGGGCCACGUGUACCUUUAUAAUCAGACUGGAAAUGGGACUUUCUGUCAUUACAGGAUGAGAAGGUCAGGCAGUCUCAUCCUGUGUAAUAACAACUGCAGCCCACAGAGUCCGUAUAUUUUUUCAGAGAAAGUUAUCCACUCAAUUUUUUCUGAAUGAUAAUUAAACUUUCUGAUAAAAUACUUA